GUCAUAGUUUUCGCGCGCUUUUUUAUAUGCUUGUUGCAAUGCACCCUGGGAACCAUGCAUCAUGGCCGAUGGAGUCUACGAGAUUAAUGAAAUAAUAGGAAGGCGUAUUACACAAUCUGGCAAAGAAGAGUACCUGGUCCAUUGGAAGAAGUACAAAGUUUGGGAGAGUACGUGGGAACCCUUGGAAAACCUAAGACCCUGCCUGGCAAACGUUGCGGAAUUCAUUCACAAGGCUUACCCGAUUCCAGGACUUUAUGCUUCUGAGAUUCUUCACCUUAAACCCAAGUUAGGAGGACAUCUAUCUCAGCCAAAACUAAAGAAAAUCACCCAGGUAAACAAGAAAAAGUUAAGAGCGACCCAUCACAAAGCUAUCUUGGACGAAAUUAUGAAAGAAAAGGCCAAGGAGAUUGAUGUUAAAAAAGAGAGAAGCACUAUAAGCAGACGUGGCAAGAAACGGGAGCCAGAAGUCACACGUUAUGUCCUCAGAAAGGAUGAUCAAACUGUUUUCAAUGGACAAACUUUAGAUAAAAAUCAAAACUGUAGAAUAUUAAGCAGUCCAGAGGCAAGACAUAAGCGUAGGAGGUACAAUUCCAUGGAUGACAAACAUCCCAUGAGGGCAAUGUCCCCACGUAAGAGCAAAGACCAUGCUUUGCUAGCUAUGGCAAGCGCAAAUAUGAAAAAUAAUCACUUUAACUUCCUUGGCAUGGAUGAGCACACUAGUGAACCUGUUAGAACAACAAGGACGCAUGGCCAGCUGCAGGAGAGUAUUAUGGUCUGUCAGGAAGGAGGUGUUCUCAAAUUGACUAUUUGUAAUGAAGCAAAACAGAAUGCAUUAACAAUUGAGAUGUGUGAGCAACUUGUAGCAGCUCUUCAUGAGGCCUCUAAAGAUGAUGUGAAUGUUGUAGUUAUCAUUGGUGCUGGGAAAUACUUCUGCAGUGGUUUGGAUUAUACCUGUGUUUUUACAAGAGGGCCUCAGCAAAAGCAAAAUACAAAGUUGCUAGUAGAAAGAUUUAAGCUGCUGGUGGAAGUCAUCAUUCAUUGUUCUAAGCCAAUAAUAGCAGCAGUCAAUGGGGAUGCCAAAGGCUUUGGCACAUCACUUGUUGCACUCUGUGAUAUUGUCUAUGUGUGUGAAAAGAUAAACCUGGAACUUUCUUUCACCAAAUGGGGCCACACUCCUAUUGGCUGCUGUACCUAUACCUUGCCACAGGCUGUGGGCCAUGCUGGGGCGUAUGGGAUGCUUCUUUUUAGUACCAAAAUGUCUGCUGAAGAUGCAUGGAUGAAUGGGCUUGCAUCAGAAACCCUGGACAGCGACUCCUUUACAGACAUUGUCUCACAAAGAGCCAAAAUCCUGGCUGCAAUGAACACAAAGUGUAUACAAGACACGAAGUCCCUCCUACAAGGAGAGAAUCAGCAAAGACUCAAAAACAUCAAUGCAGAAGAGUGUAACCUGUUACAGAAAUACCUGCUGGACGAGAGGGGUGUUGCCGCGCUUGCCACAGCAUGGAAAGAGGAUGUCAUGGGGUAGGCAUCAUCCCAGAUAGGAAUUGGAGAUGGGAUACAGCAUCCAAAGGAAAAGGGGUACACCACUGAAAGGUGAUGGGGUGGUGUCUAAAGGGUGGGGCACACCACUCAGAGGUAAUGGAGAGGCCUAAAAAAAAAAGGGGUGAGCCUCUGAACUGGAUGGGGUGACCCCCUUUGUAUAUUUCUUUUUCUGGUGGUGAUACCUGUUUUUAUCAUAUUUGCAGAAUAUAAUUUUCAGCACUUAUCUUUAUAUAAUCACUGUAUGUAAUAUAUAAUUUAACACCUUUUAGACAUAGAUUCUUUUAGUAUUGUGAAUACAUUUUUAGAAAUAAAAUUUGAAAAAUAUAA